AUGGAGUCUUCUGGAAUUCUAGGAUUCAUAGAGGAAUGCAGUGGUACCAGCAGCAAAGAAUCUGGGUGGACAACCUAUAUUGCCUCCCCCAUCCAAGAAAACCACCACCACCAUGAUGAUGAUGAUCACAGCAAUGAUAAACAAGCAGAUUGCAAAAAGGGCAAUUACAAUAAAGUUGAUGAUGGUACUGAGAGUGAUGACUCCAUGGCCUCCGAUGCCUCUUCUGGUCCAAGUCAUCAUGAAUUUCCAAGUAAAAUCAAUGAAAUAAGUGUCGACACAGGUCCUUCCAAGCAUGCAAUUACUAAAUAUUCAUCAAAGGAAAAACUUGGAAAACAAUUUAAGCAAAGCGAGGGAGAAAGUCCAAGGAUCAAACUAGGAAGAGAAAUUGGGAGUGCUGCUAGUGACGGUCAUGGUGGAGCCAAGGCAUAUCGAGAUGCUAAAUAA